AUGAAUCAUUUUAAAGAAGAAUAUAGGCUGUCGUAUGUUCCAGUACACGAUGAGCCUGAGAACGUGACAGGGAAGAGAAAAACGCGACCCCUAUCAUCUGCCGAACAGGUGUUCCUACAAUCUCAGACACAAGCAUUCUGGGGGGCCAGCUGGACCUUGGAAAUCCUGGGGUGUUUCAUAUCGAUUCUGUUUUUCAUAGCUAUUAUUGUGGUCCUCUGGUACUAUGAUGGAAAACCAAUGCCCGAGUGGCCUUACGGCAUCACGCUUAACGCACUAGUCUCCGUUCUAAGCACCGUUAUGAAAGCUUCCAUGGCGUUUGUUGUCGCGGAGGGCUUGGCCCAACUUAAAUGGUCCUGGUUUCGUGGGGGGAACAAGCUGAGUGAUCUGGCACUUCUCGACGCUGGAAGUCGUGGAGCUAUGGGAUCCCUUCUUGUUCUUCUGAAGACUGUACCUCGGCAUCUCAUCACAUUCGGAUGUUUAGUUUUAGUUUUGUCAACGGCUACGGAUCCAUUUGUCCAACAGGUCAUGUCUGUCAAAGAGCGACCGGUUCAUUCCAAGGGAGUCUCUUCCGUCCAAGUCUGCAACACCAGUACCUAUACAGACUAUGGCGAGGGUGCAGGUCCUGGAGAGAACCAAGUUCCUCUCGCAACUCUGGGAGCUAUUUACUCUGGUAUCUUCCAAACGUCAAGCCCGAACCGCAAAAGCAUCAUGAUGGACUGCCCGACCGGAAACUGCACAUUUACGCCUUAUCAAUCUUUGGGAUUCUGCAGUCGCUGCGCGAACAUUACAGAUUCUCUUACUCUUUCCAAAACUGCAAUUGUCCCUAGUGAGCCGACCUACCACUACAAACUCCCCAAUGGAUUCACAUUUACCACCGCCAUCACGAACCUGUACAUGAUGAAUUCCACAUCAUACCGGAAUCUUAUCAAGGUAGACGUGGCGAACAAAGCCUCCAUUCUCAACUUUACUGCAAUCACCUCAUCUGGCUACGGGGUGCCACCUCAAGUGAGUGCGACAGAAUGUGCACUUUUCUUCUGCGUCGAUACAUAUCAUGCAAACGUUCAGGGAGGUACAUUCUCUGAAAACCGUACCUCAUUCUCCACCACAUCAAAUACCUCUUCGGUCGUUGAAAACUUCUCAUUGACACCAGAGACAUGUUAUACCAACGGAACUCAACUUGAGAAACCAUAUAAAAGCACUGAUGACUGCUCAUUCAAUGUCAACUGGCUGAGCCGACUGGCAAUGUCGAAUUCGAUCUCACCCCUUCUCCACGGCUACGGCUCACUUUUUAUAAGCAACCGGCCAAGUUGGUCCUCCAAUGUUAUCGAGGCUCUGUAUGGUGUCGAGGGAAACUACACCGACAUUAAUUCAGUCUUUCAGUCAUUGGCUUCUUCACUUACUAUCAACGCCCGGUCCCAAGUGUGUAAAGAGAAGGUCGACGGAAUCCCGUGGACUGUCCAGUCAUUUGUCCGCGUGAGUUGGAAAUGGAUGAUUCUUCCUGGCGCGCUGGUUCUUCUAAGUAUGAUUUUUAUGAUCAUCACAAUCAUGCAUACUAGAAACCAGUAUAUUUGGAAAUCAUCGCCUUUGGCCCUUCUCUUCUCGGAGUUACUGGUUGAUGAACCACUUCCGCUUCGGUCGGAUCCGACUUUGAAGGGAAUGGAAAUUACAUCGAGGAAUAUGGAGGUUUGGCUAGAGACGACAUCGGAAGGAGUUCGAUUAAAAGCCAUUCCGACUUCGCGAUAA